AAGCGAGCUGAAUAAAAGCUGGUGGGAAACGUUCAGUCGUUCUUCUGAUGUCCGCACAUGCAGCUGUGAGGAACCUGGAUCCGCACCUGGAAAUAAAAAGUGGUGUAAACAUGACUAACACAAACAGGACGGAUUACACACCCAGACAACGACCAACCGAAACGUUGGCCGAUGAUGUUUUAGAUGAAUCCUAUAAGGAGAAAGAGGAAUCACCGCCCCCCAGACAGAUCGUCUGGAGAAAUGUUAUCCUGAUGACUGCCCUGCACAUCGGAGCCCUUUAUGGACUCACCCUCAUCACAUCAGCCUCUGCACCGACUCUGCUAUGGAUGGUUGUAUGUUAUGCAAUAAGUGGCUUGGGGAUCACGGCAGGGGUUCAUCGACUCUGGAGUCACAGGUCCUACAAAGCCAAGCUGCCUUUGAGAAUUUUCCUUGCCAUUGGAAACUCUAUGGCAUUUCAGAAUGAUAUUUUUGAGUGGUGUCGUGAUCACCGUACCCACCACAAGUAUUCAGAGACCAAUGCAGACCCACACAAUGUCACAAGAGGCUUCUUCUUUUCUCAUGUUGGAUGGCUGUUGGUUCGUAAACACCCAAAUGUCAUUGAACAAGGAAAAAAGCUGGACGUCAGUGAUCUAGAAGCUGAUGGUGUUGUCAUGUUCCAGAAAAGGCAUUACAAACUGUCCAUACUGGUGCUCUGCUUCCUUGUUCCCACGUUGGUACCAUGGUACUUUUGGGGGGAGAGUCUGGCUGUAAGCUACUUUGUCCCGGGCCUUCUAAGAUAUACACUGGUCCUUAAUGCCACCUGGCUGGUUAACAGUGCUGCCCACAUGUGGGGUAUGAGGCCUUAUGACCGCAACAUUACACCUAGAGAGAACAGAUUUGUUGCCUUCAGUGCUAUGGGUGAAGGUUACCACAACUAUCAUCACACGUUUCCAUAUGAUUAUGCUACCAGUGAGUAUGGUAGUGGGCUGAACGCCACCAAGGCUUUUAUUGAUGUCAUGUGCUUAUUUGGUCUGGCACAGGACUGCAAGAAGGUGUCUCGUGACACAAUCAAGGCUCGGCUUCAACGCACCGGUGAUGGCAGUCAGAAAAGUGGCUGAGUAAUGUUUAAAAUCACAAGCCAAAACCAAUAAACAUAAUUGGAGUGAGUGUGUAGUGAUGAUCCUAGUUUUAUCUUCAUCCCUAAAGUGAAUUAAGAAUUGCUAUAUUGUUUAUGCAUAAUAAGGACCACUGCUCCGAUACUGGCAUAUUUUAUUAUUAGUCUGUGUACUUUUGAACAGACUGGUGUGAUUUGGAAAUUGGCUCUCAUUCUGCCUCUGUGAUAGGUGCUAUAACAGCAUUGCUUAAACAGUGUGUGCUCUCCUUAAAACCAUAGAUAGUACUGUUUGUUUAAACAGUACAAUCCAUGCUUGACCAUUUUGAAAUCAGUCUAAUUAACUAUGCGAGCUUAUGUAACAUCACAUAGUCUUGCUUUUAAUUCCUAGGCACAUUGGGUGAAUGGUUAAACAGGAAAGUCAAUGAAAACCCUGACAGUUUAAAGUACAUUUUGUUUAAGUCUGUUAAACUUAAGAAAUAAAAAUUUUAAAGCUAUGCUUUAGUUCUUAAGUACAGAGUCAAAGGCAUUUUUGCAUUCUAAAUUAAUACAAAAUUAACAUUUAGUUAUUUAAAAAUAUUUUUUAAAUAUAUUUAAAAUUGAUCUGCUGGUCUUUAUAUUUUAGUUAAUAUAAACAAAUUGUUGUGAAAAGUUUUUGAUGUUUUGUAUUCUAUAAACUCCUACUAUAAAGUCCUGGGGAAAGUUUUCCAACAGUCCAAGGUCAUCCCAGUCCUCAAACAUAUGUCCCAAUAUGACCUACAUUUUGUGAUAAGUAGGUUUACUUAAUUUGCCAAUAUCACAACACUGAAUCUUUUUUUUUUUUUUACAUUGGUGGCUUGAUGGGUAGCACUUUUGCCUCACACCAGGAAGGUCCUUGGUUUGAUUCCCAAAUGAAGCGGUCUGUGUCCUUUCUGUUUGGAGUUUCCUCCCACAGUCCAAAGACAUGUAACUGAGGUGAACUGGAGAUACAAAAUUGCCCAUGACUGUGUUUGAUGUUGAACUUGAACUGAUGAAUCAAGUGUAACCUGUAACUGUAAUCCUGUCAUGAAUGCACACAAUGUUUAGCCUGUCAAUCAUGUUUAAGCGCAUGGGCGCAUGUGUGUAUGAGGUGUUGUUUUGAAAGAGGCUGACAACCUAAAGAGAGGCUGAAUUUGCUUUACUGAUGAAUUGUAAGCCUGUUAGCUUCUGUAGAAAACAGUUACCUUAUUAAAAAAAGAGAAAAACACUUGA